UGGGAAGAACUGUACCAACAUCGACCUUUGCGAAUCCAACCCAUGCCAGCACUUAUGUGAGACUUUAUAUAAUGACUUCCAAUGCUCAUGUAACGACGGAUAUCGGUUAAAUGCAACGGACAAUACAACUUGUGUUGAUAUCAAUGAAUGUAUGGAGGGAACCCCAUGUAACGUGAUGCCUAACUCUGUGUGUAAUAAUACCAUUGGAAACUACAGUUGUUAUUGUCCUGCCGGGUUCACCGAAGGCAACAACAGAUGCGACGACAUAGACGAAUGCGCGACGAACGCAUUCACCUGUCCAUCAACUGCUACAGACUGCUUCAAUAAACUUGGAACGUAUGGUUGUUCGUGUAAUGCUGGAUAUUCAAGAGCUGCAGAAGUAGACGAACAAUCAGAAUGCACGGACACCGAUGAAUGCGCGUUGAACCAACACACGUGUAAUGUUGUAACUGAAGUUUGUAGAAACGUUGAGCCUUCGUUUGCUUGCGAUUGUAGACCAGGAUUCCACCUUAUGAACGGUGUAUGUGAUGAUAUACGGGAAUGCCAGAACUCACAACUAAACAAUUGUUCAUCCCCACAUAUGCAAUGUAUUGAACAAGAACCAGGCUUCUCAUGUGCUUGCUUGCCUGGAUACCAACUUAAUGGACAGGUAUGCGAGGAUAUCAAUGAAUGCUUAACAAGCGACAUUUGCCCGGUGAAUACGAAUUGUGUGAACAGAGAUGGUGGAUAUACUUGCAGAUGCGAUCCCAACUAUGUAUGCCCUGUUAACCCAUUCGUGAACCCGGUUACUGUACUGAGCAAAUCACAAUCGUGCGUUACUGUUUUAAUUGAUGAUGGAUCAUUAUAUGGGUUGUAUGAGGUAAAAGCAGUUUCAAACCAAAACAACUUCUUGGUGAACUCAUCAGCAAUAAAGACAAAAAUAUGUGGUUUAAGUCCAAACACCCAGUAUAAUAUAAGUGUGAGGGUUCUUGCGUUGAAAGGUUCGAACCAACUUUUCACCACAACCGAGUUCAGUGCCAUUACUGCGGCAAUGACAGAUGCGCUUAAAAUCCGAUUGUCGCUUCGUGUUUUAUCGGAAACAUUCGUGACUGAAAUGUCAAACAUUGCAUCGGCUUCUGCUGUGGCUUUCAGGGGAAGACAUGAAUCAACACUUAAUAAUGGACUGGUUUUCACUAAUGGUGGAAACACAUUGACGUCAUCGGUUCUUGUGUUUAUCCGGCUUUCGUGAGUUGUGUGUAGUUAGGUGUCGGUAGCUUUAU